UACUUGACGCGAUGACACACCCGACCGACAUGUUAGAGCUCGUUCCGGGGCCGUCCCAGAUGCUACCCAAUGUUCUAGAAGCUUUGGGAGCAGCCUGCGGCUCCUCCGACCUGGAUCCUGUUUUCUGGGAUGACUAUCUCGCUUUGGAGCGCAAUCUACAGGAACUUCUACACGCUGAGAGCUAUAGUGUGGCCAUCCAAUCGGGUGAGGCCAUGCUGGCGUUGUGGGGCGCCCUGAAGAGCACAUUAAAGCCUGGAGAUGUGGUAGUAUGUGCUGCCAAUGGACUGUUUGGAGAGGGCUUCGCAGACAUGGCCAAGGCUCUUGGAGCAGAUGUUCGUGUGGUCAAGUGCGACUGGCGCAAGACCAUCGACGUGCAGGCUCUGAACGAAGAAAUCCGUCGAUCAAACCCCAAAUUGGUCACUGCGGUACAUUGCGAGACGCCCAGUGGUGUGCUCAAUAACUUGGAAGGCGUAGGGGAGACGGUGGCCAAUGAGACGACCGACGGUCUGUUCUUAGUGGACUUUGUGUCGAGCGCAGGUGGUGCACCAUUAAAUGUCGACGCCUGGAAGAUUGACUUGGGUUUAUUAGGACCUCACAAGGCGCUCUCCGGCCCUCCUGCAUUAGCGUUUACUACCGUGAGUGAGAAGGCUUGGCAGCGCAUCAAUGAGGUCAAAUACGUCGGAUAUGACGCUCUCCAGCCGUUCUACCGAGCAGCUCUUCAGGAACCCAGACUGCUGCCAUACACGCACAACUGGCAGGCAAUUCGUGCAGCUCUGGUUGCAUGCAACAACAUCAAACAGGAGGGUGGUAUUCUAGCCGCAAUUCGUCGCCACGCUGAAGUGAGCGCGUAUGCACGUCGUGAGGUGAAGGAGACGCUACGUCUCAAGCUGUAUGGGGAAGAGAGCGCAGUGUCACCGACUGUGACCGCGAUUGUACUUCCUGAAGGCUGCGACUGGGAUAUUCUACAGAACAAACUACGUGCGCAGAAGCUGCUUGUGGGUGGAUCCUACGGGCCGUUAAAGGGCAAGGUGCUGCGUUUGGGCCACAUGGGCUCCCAGGCGAACAAGAAAGUCGUGGCUAAAGCGAUCAAAAUCAUUGGCGCUGCGCUUAAGGAGAUGAAGUAG